AUGAGUUUGAUUAAGAAUUCUUAUGAUUUUUUUGUUGAUCAAUUCCAGACAAAGGCUUAUACAAGUGAUGUACAGAGCCUGCGCAGCCAAGUCCUGACCCUGAUUACCCAGGUCAAUGACUCCCAAAAAAGAUUGGAGGAUGCUAAUGAGGCCCUGGAGAAGAAGAGUAGCAAAUUACAGGAAGUGGAGCACGUACAGGAAGAGUUCCGUCGGCAGCACACUGAGGACGCCGCCCUGGUGGAGACACUGAGACUGUCACUGAAGAGUUACGAGGACGCACUGACGGCCGAGAGAAAGGAGCACCAAAAUACCAAGAAAACAUCAGCUGAUCUGAGACAGUCAUUUAAUCAGGUAGUGUCAGAUCACAAGAAUUUGUCAGAGAAAUACGACAGAAUCAAACUGCAGGAACAGACACGACCACAGGGUGGAUGUACAGAGACAGAAAAGCAGAAGUUACUGGACCAGAUCGGUCGUCUUACGGCCCAAGUGUACGCCGGGGAGGAGGCCAUUAAUUACAGGGAGGAGAAACUCAACAAAGUACAGGAGGAGAAUAAAAAGAUCACGGAGGAGCUCAAUAAUGUGGUCCCUGUACUCAAGGCUCAGGCUGAGGUUUGGAAGUCAGAUUUUGAUGCUGAGAGAGACGCAAGGGAACGCCUUCAUGCAGAAAAAACUCAACUGGAAAAUGAUUUCAAACAGCUCCAGCUACGCAACCAGCAGCUAUUGGACGAAAUGGAGAAUUUUUCUAAACGACAGUUCCAGGAGAUGCAGCAGCGGCACUCCAGCCAGAAUUAUCAGCACAACCUCCAACAACACCUGAGGGUGGGGCAUCAGAACCACGGGAGUCCAUACCAGAUUCCCCAGUACCCUCCUCAGGGGUACCCCACCCAGGCCCCGGGGGCGGGGGCAAUGUACAACGAUGGCAGAUCACCUCCCUCUGUUCCAAGUCAGAUUCAUGGUGAUUCCCAGGAAGGAGAGGAGCCCCAUCAGUUUGAAUGUCCAAAGUGUAACCAGACCUGUCCUGACAUGGACACUCUACAGAUACAUGUACUGGACUGUAUUGACCAGGACAACCCUUGACGUGUAAAAGAUCAGAACAUGUACUUUCAUUUACUUGAGUGACUCACAGCAAAACUUAUUUUGAAUUGUAUUGAUCAGCACAGCCAAUAAUAUUGCUAAGUUUUAUUGUGAAAUUUUUAAUUAGAUCAAUCAUGAGAAAACUCAAAUUCAACAUUUCUGUACAAGGAAUGUUAUUCUUUUAAUAUGUGAUUUUUUUUAAUUUCUUCAUUGAAAUCAUCUUUAAAAAAAAAUAUGACAUCAUAUCUGAUACACACUGAUAAAACUGAUUCUUGAGAGAAAGAGAAUGCGUUAACAAAUCAUAAUCACUCUUAAAGUUUACAUGAAAGUUUACUAUGUAGAAAUAUUAACACUUACUUAAGCUUUCCAACUUUUAGAUAUGUGAUAAAUGAGAAACAAGAAGUAAGAUACAUUAUAUUAUGAUUUGUUAAUG